AUGACGAAAUUCAGAGAACUUCCAGGGGAUUUGGUAGAGGAGAUACUCUGUCGCGUUCCGGCCACAUCUGUGAAGCGGAUGAGGGUGUGUCCGAUGAGCGUGAAUCUUGACGGACAUCCUCCAUCCGUAGAGGUUAAAGCUGAGCUUAGCCUACUCGAUCCGCGUUCUAGAAACUCAGCCUUCCAAUUAGAUGUAGCUCAAGUGUUUCAUUGCGACGGCUUGUUGCUAUGCACCUCCAAGAAACCAGAACCUAGAUUCGUGGUUUGGAACCCGUUUACUGGUCAAACCAGGUGGAUCGAACCCGGUGGCAAGAUAUGCAUCGAGUUUGCUCUGGGAUACUAUCAAGACAAGAGAUCCAAUACUAGGAGCUACAAAGUAUUGAGCUUCUAUAAUGGUAUUAAUGACCUAGAUUCGGAAAUAUACGAUUUUGACACUGAUUCUUGGAGGAUUCUUGAUGGUGAUAGCGUUAGACGACGGGCUUGUAGAUGCGAGGAUCAGAUGGUGUCUUUCCAGGGAAACACUUACUGCCUUGCUUGGGAUACCGAAAAACCGGAGCUCGGCGUAUCCGUGCUCACGUUUGAUUAUUCAACUGACAAGUUUGGUCGUGUGCCUCUUCCAUAUCAGUCUUAUUACAGUUAUGCGUGUCUCUCAGUUGUUAGAGAAGAGAAACUUUCUGUGUUAUUGCAACACCAGAGUACAACAAAGGCUGAGAUAUGGGUGACAAAUAAAAUUGGCGAGAGUGAGAGUGAGACCAACAUAGGGGUGUCGUGGAGCAAGGUCUUAGCAUUUGAUUUGAGCCUUCAUCUUGACUACUCGAGUUUUUUGUUCGAUGAGGGGAAGAAAUUCGUCACGUUUUAUGACAGAUGGCACGACUUCAAUGACGAGACAAACAACAAAGACAUGGUAUACAUUGUUGGGGAGGAUAACAUAGUCACAGAAUUGGAAUUUGGAGCGGAUGGGUUCGAUGAUUGCUGGCCAGUUAUUCUUACUUAUUUCCCAAGUUUGGCUCAAGUCGAGCGAGCUCGAGGCAAGAAAAGAAAAAGACUGGAAAGGAUGGAGGAUUUGAUCGAGGGAAAACCUACUCUUGAAUCCACAGAUACCAUCAAGAACGAACUAAAAAGUCUACGCAGAGAAGAGGAAGCCAUACAUGGCAUAGCACAGAGCAUCCCUUUCAUUAUGUCUGAGCUGGAAAAAGCCAAAUCAGAACUACACUCGCUUCUAGAGGCUCAAUUAGGUAUAUCUAAUCGAAACAACUUGAGAGCUUUGCUAGAGCGCUACAUGUGA